UGGCCGCCGCCUGUCCCCGCGGAGGAGGCGCAGCAGCCGGAGAUGGCGGCGGUGCUGAACGCCGAGAGACUCGAGGUGUCCGUCGACGGCCUCACGUUGAGCCCAGAUCCGGAGGAGCGGCCCGGCGCGGAGGGCGCUCCGCUGCUGCCUCCGCCGCUGCCGCCGCCGCCUGCGGGGUCUGGCCGGGUGCCGGGCGCCGGCGGAGAGCAGCCCGGGGAGCCCGGGGAGGCGGCGGCUGGGGGCGCGGCGGAGGAGGCGCGGCGGCUGGAGCAGCGCUGGGGCUUCGGCCUGGAGGAGCUGCACGGCCUGGCGCUGCGCUUCUUCCGAGAGAAAGAUGGCAAAGCAUUUCAUCCAACUUAUGAAGAGAAGCUAAAACUUGUAGCACUGCAUAAGCAGGUUCUAAUGGGUCCAUAUAAUCCAGACACUUGUCCUGAAGUUGGAUUCUUUGAUGUGUUGGGGAAUGACCGGAGGAGAGAGUGGGCAGCCCUGGGAAACAUGUCUAAAGAAGAUGCGAUGGUAGAAUUUGUCAAGCUCUUAAAUCGAUGUUGCCAUCUCUUUUCAACAUACGUUGCGUCCCACCAGAUAGAGAAGGAAGAACAAGAAAAAAAAAGGAAGGAGGAGGAGGAGAGAAGGCGGCGUGAAGAGGAAGAAAGAGAACGUCUGCAGAAGGAGGAAGAGAAGCGUAGACAAGAGGAGGAGGAAAGGCUCCGGCGGGAGGAGGAAGAGAGGCGGCGAAUAGAGGAGGAGAGACUCCGGUUAGAGCAGCAAAAGCAGCAGAUAAUGGCAGCUUUAAACUCCCAGACUGCCGUGCAGUUCCAGCAGUAUGCAGCCCAGCAGUAUCCAGGGAACUACGAACAGCAGCAAAUUCUCAUCCGCCAGUUGCAGGAGCAACACUAUCAGCAGUACAUGCAGCAGUUGUAUCAAGUCCAGCUUGCACAGCAACAGGCAGCAUUACAGAAACAACAGGAAGUAGUAGCAGCUGGGGCUUCUUUGCCUACAUCUUCAAAAGUGAAUGCAGCUGUUUCAAGUGAUAUGCUGUCAGUAAAUGGACAGGCCACAACCCAUACUGAGAACUCUGAAAAAGACCUUGAACCAGAAACUGCAGAAGAAGCCCUGGAGAAUGGACCAAAAGAAUCGCUUCCAGUGAUAGCAGCUCCUUCCAUGUGGACACGACCCCAAAUCAAAGACUUUAAAGAGAAGAUUCGGCAGGAUGCGGAUUCUGUGAUUACAGUGGGCCGAGGAGAAGUGGUCACUGUUCGAGUACCUACCCAUGAAGAAGGAUCCUAUCUCUUUUGGGAAUUUGCCACAGACAGUUAUGACAUUGGGUUUGGGGUGUAUUUUGAAUGGACAGACUCUCCUAACACCGCUGUCAGCGUGCAUGUCAGCGAGUCCAGUGAUGACGACGAGGAAGAAGAAGAGAACGUCACUCCCGAAGAGAAAGCCAAAAAGAAUGCCACCAAGCCUCUACUGGAUGAGAUUGUACCUGUGUAUCGACGGGACUGUCACGAGGAAGUGUACGCUGGCAGCCACCAGUAUCCAGGAAGAGGAGUCUAUCUCCUCAAGUUUGACAACUCCUAUUCUUUGUGGAGGUCAAAAUCAGUCUACUACAGAGUCUAUUAUACCAGAUAAAGAUGCUAACAAAGUCUGGAAUCUAGGGUUAGGCAGAAUAUGGUGUUUAACUUGGAAAUUUCUUUUGACUUUGGAUGGAGCAUAGAGUCAGUGUUGACCCUGUUGAUUUUGGUCUGAUGGUUCGUGAACUCUUGUUGGGAGUAAGGAUUUCCUGGAGAUGCUUUAGCAUUAACUCUUUGGGGUUAAGAGGGAUUCCCAGACUCAUGCAGCCCUCAGGUGCUGGUCAACAGAGUCACUAGUGGAUGCUGAAGUUACAUGAGCUAAAUGUUAAAAUAUUUAAAGUCUCCAAAAUAAAACACCCCAGUGUUGACCCCACCUGGCUGAUGGUUAGUCCCUUAUUGCCUGCUUUGUGUGUUUUAAGGAGCUGGUAGUUACAGCACCCUUGAAUUUGGUAUGUUACAAGCAGCUGGCUUUGAUCAAAGGUUACCAUUUCUAAAAUUUAAGGCUGAAGAUCUCACGGAGUAUAGAAAAAAAUUGUCAAUUUGAUCUUGCUCUGGUUGAAUAACCCAGAUUGCUUCUGCUUUGGGUACACUGUUUAGUUAUAUUACAGAGGAUUAUUUUCUAAAAUAAUCUUAAAUAUUCAACCCAAAAGACAAUUGAAAUAUCAAGAUUCAUGAAAUGUAGCAAAUGUUCUUGAGGGAACCUCCGCAACUCAGGCCUUUUUUCUCUAUUGGUUUUUAUACUACCAGUAGCAAACAGGAUUAAGUCUUGCUUUGAUACAGCAUCUCAAAUUGAAACCGUUUGCUCUACAGAGCAUACAGUUAGGGACUUGGUAAACUCAAAAUGGCACCUACUGAAUUAAAAUAUGUAAAAUUGUUCAAAUGCAGUAUGUGGGGACAACAUUGCACUGAAAUGGAAAUUACUGCCAGACACAGCCCGUUUUCUUCUCGUUUGCACUAUCACUUACACACAAGACAGACAGGAUUUCACUAUCAAAUUGGAAAUACAUAUGCCCACAUUAAAAUUUUAUAGCUUUAAUCUAUGUCUUCAUUGAUGGGAAAAAGUACAUCUUUGUUUUCCUUACUAAAAACAAAUAUGGAUUAAUUGCCUCAAACUGUGUACGUAAUUGGCUAGUCUCAAGAUUGUUUUGAGAAGGGUGGGUGUUAGACAAAUGAUAAAGAUGGCAAUAUACAUGCAAUGUUAUAUGUUAUUACUGAAAGUUAAUUUUUUUCAAUUUCACGUCAUAAAUCACUUCUUGUAAGAAGGAGGAUUUCCAUUAGUCGCUGCGGCGUACACACUUCACUGCAGAUGGGCUGCUGAGUUUUGUGUUUGUGUGCAUUUACUUGUUUUUUAAUACCUGGUUUUGUAUGUACCUAAUCUGUUCUUUGUUCAGAAACUGGAUUGUUUUUCUCCUUAGUGCUUCCUUUGUGUUUUUAAAAUUUUGGUUCAGAAGUCCCAGAUCACAGAUGCCCAUCCUGUUACAUCCCAAGCAUUUGUCAGGCUGUCUGACAGCUCUUGUGUACAUAUGGUAUAAGAACCACAGAGUUAGGCAUUCCCUGACUUUUUUUUUCAAUGAGAAAAAAUACUGUAUUUAAAAUGUAAAAUAAACUUUUAAAAAGCAGGCACUAAUAUAUAUUUCUUCCAGCCUUUGAUUACAAAUUUAUCCUUGCACAGGUUAAGAUGAAUUAUCUUCUAAAAAUACUGUUCUUGGGAGCAAUGUGUGUUACUUUACAUAGCAGCAGGUCCUGUCAUGUGUUCAUGUUAGAACAUUUUGGGUUUUAAACUUUUUUAUUGCCUUUGGCUGAUGAUUAGUACAGUAAAAGUGCGAUUUCAAAAAGAUCUUGAAAAUAAUAUAUUUAAUCAAUUAAAAUGUUUAUCU